AUGGCAUCUUUAGCCGACCCCCCUGCCUUAGAGACUUCUCAGUGUCCUCAAAACAAUCAAAAGGCCAUCAAUCUGUGGGAGAAACGAUUCGAGAAGAGACAUUUUUCUUCGAACCCCGUGGUUGCAAAACUCGACGUUGAAUGCAAUGAAUUGGCCCAGACUUGGAAGAAAUUUCAGGAAAACCUGCCGGAGCAAGAUCAGGUCGGCUUCGACGAACGCCUUCAAGAGUUCCACGAUGUCUCGGCCAUGAUAGGCAAUGUGCAGACUGUCUGGAUGUCUAACCCACGCCGGCGAGUGUUUAGCCGUUCCAUGGCUCUCUGUGAUCAGUUCAUCGCUUCUGUCCAUCUGCAUUUGGUGCUGUUGCCGGCCCUUCCUAGAAACGAAGCUUACCUCGCUCUCUUUCACGGGGUCUUGCAGUCAAUCAUCAAAGCUUCUGCAAAUUACCCCAGGGUCAUUGAAGGCCUACUCGCAAUCCUGCUCCAAAUCAAUGAAUUCGUUCGUCUUCCAGCUGGAGACCAUGAUCUUUCAUCGAACAAAGACUUGGUCCUAUCCAUUGCAAAAUUUUACGCCCUCAUCUUCCUCUUGCUGGGAGAGUUUAUGGAUUGUCUGGACCCUUAUCUGGAUUUUGAACAUUUGCUUCGCAGUAUUCAAGAGUGUGCCAGAAAUAUCAGCCGCGUGCUCACCGACGAGAUGGAUCUUGAUACCUUGGACUGCGCUGGGGAACACAGCAUAUUCCAAUACCCUGAUCUUUCCUUGUGGGAACAAGCUCGACUGAACCAAAUCGGCUUGCAAAAAUCGGAUCGUCGGUUCGCGGCACAGAAUGCUAUCACCCGUCAGUUGAUUUGGGAAAUCCAGCAUGCUGCGUCCGCGCGUGCCAGAAUGGCCGUCAUGAGAGAUGUUCUGCUUUCGCAGUUGCUGGACUCUGCCAGUCAAAGCCUCCGUCCGGUCAGCCAACAAAACAGUGGUAUCACAUGCUGGACGACGGUUGCGACGCGCGACUUGGACGAUUCAAGAUUCAAAUGGUCUCGCGGCCCGAAACGCAAGUACACCCGGACCGAUCUUCAGUUCUCUUCCCGGCAUCUCCAGGACUUCUUCAAUGCUGACGACCAAGUGGCCGACUUCGAAUCUGGCGUGGAUGUUAUUGCCGAAGAUAGUGUGCUACAGUCGUUGCAACAGUGGGCGACAAACUCUCAUUCGCAGAUGCUCGCUGUGGGCGGAUCUCCACCCGCCACCUUUCCCAGCACCGUUGCCCUUUUCUCUGCUUGUUUCGCCGCUUUUGCUCGACAGGCACGGCUUCCGGUCGUUUCCCACUUUUGCUCCCUCCCGAUUCAGUCUGCAGACGGUUCGAAUUUGUUUCAACAGGGUCUUAUUGCCCUCGCUUACAGUCUGAUCCGGCAAUUAAUCGAUUACCUCCCGCCCGUAGUGGAGAGUCACGAUGCUUGUGAUUUGGGUCUGGAGCGUUUCACAUCCUUGGAUGGCACCCUUACCUCGUGGAAAACGGUCCUCUCGCUUAUCGAUGCGCUUUUACACUAUGCGCCACCACUGCUGGUCUGCGUGAUCGAUGGUCUCGAUAAGCUCCAGGACGAAUCUACCGACACCCAUAUUCGGGAUCUGGUUCGCACUCUGAUGACCCAUACCAGGCAUCGGGUGGACGAUACAGCAGACGGUUCUCGGAAUCAAAAGGUGCUCCUCAAGGUUCUCUUUACCGUGGCUGAUCGGCCCAGCUCCCUAGUGGAAACCAUGUCCGAGAAUCAGCUCAUACUGAGCGAGUCGACGGGAGCAGACGAGCCAGCCCCAACAGAGCCCACUCCAGCCUCGGGCGUCGGAGUGGUCAUGAUGAAUGCAUGA